GUUCAAGUUGUAUCAAGAAAAUGUUUAGUCAGAUUGUCACUGCACUGGUGUUGACACUUGUGUCGUCCGUUGCAAUCGCUGCUCCUGCUACCGCUGACAAGAACAAGGCUCCUGCAUUGCCCUUUCACUUUCCCAAAUCUAUGGGCGAACAUCUUCCAUUCAAUGCCGAAAGCAACAGCCUUAGAUCUUUCACGUCCGAAGAGUCUACCAAGAUCGGUCUCAAGUAUCUGAUGACUAAACUGAAUUUGUCCAGCGACAGCUUUAAAAUCUACAACAACUUUACAGACCAUGCAGGCAUCACUCACGUGUAUGGUGCACAUGUCAUCAAAGGCGCCCGUAUCGCCAAUCAUCAAGCUGCUGUUCACGUUUAUAAAGGUCAAGUUACAUCUUACUCUGCUUCGUUUGGUACUAGCAGUCAUUUCGCCAAAGAAAAGCUUUCAAUUGCCGCUCCAAAAACACAGGUGUCUUUUGAACAGGCAUCUGCUACGGCUGCCGCUCAAUACGGUAUCCCUGUCUAUAAAAAAUUCGCCAGUACUUUCGAGUACGUUGAACUGUCCGAUGGAAAAGUUGUCUAUGCUUUCAAGUUCCAGCUGCGUGAUAACCCACUGACUCAAUGGCUGCAAGUGUGGUCAGAUGCUGCUACAGGCAAAGUCGUUCAAGUUGUCGACUUUGGUUCCAAGGCCUCAUACAAGGUGAUUCCAGUUCCCAAAAUUAAUGCUGAUGAUGGAUUCUCGCUUGUCAAAAAUCCUGAAUUCAAGGCAUCUUCACCCAACGGAUGGUCAGAUGGAACUUCCACCAGCGGCAACAACAUCAAUGCUGUUUCAUUCAUUUCUGGUCGUGCUGCUGGCACUGGCAACAAUGGCGUAUUUGAUUCCAAUUUUAAUGCCAAUGCUGAUCCUACUGAUGCAGAAAAUGUCCAAGCAUCUGCGGUUAAUCUUUUUUACAUUGGCAAUUUGAUGCAUGACAUUACUUACCAAUACGGUUUCACUGAAGCUGCUGGAAACUUCCAAAAUGACAACUUUGGUAAAGGCGGUAGAGACGGUGAUGCUGUCAUUCUUACUGUGCAAAGUCAAGAAAAAUUCAACAAUGCCAACUUCUUUACUCCUUCUGACGGUCAGAAUGGUGAGAUGAACAUGUUCAUCUUUACAAAAACCAAUCCACGCCGCGAUGGUGGUCUCGACAACACUAUUCCUUUGCACGAGUACGGACACGGUCUUUCAAGUCGUUUGACGGGUGGAUCUGCCACGUCCCAGUGCUUGCGAACUCUUGAAUCGGGUGGUAUGGGUGAAGGCUGGUCCGACAUAGUUGCUAUGAUUGUAACUGCCAAACAGGCCAACACACCUACUACUCCUAUUGUCUUGGGCGACUAUGUCACCAAUAGACCCGAAGGUAUUCGCUCGCAUCCUUACUCUACCGACACAAAUGUCAAUCCCUUGACCUAUGCCGAUCUCCAAACACGCGAUGAAGUCCACGAUAUUGGUGAAGUGUGGGCUACUGCUCUUUGGGAAGUCUACUGGAACUUGGUCACCAAGAGCGGAUUCUCUGCUAAUCUCCACGAUGCCAAGAAUGCGGCUGGUAACAUUAUUGCUCUGCAGAACGUGAUUGGAGGCAUGAUGAUCCAGCCAUGCAAUCCCACUUUCCUCGAUGCUCGUGAUGCCAUCAUUGCAUCAGAUGCUGCUCGCUACAACGGAGCCAACAAAUGUGAGAUCUGGAGAGGAUUCUCCAAACGUGGUAUGGGACCCAAUGCAAGAAACCAUCAAAAUGACUUUUCCGUUCCUGCUGAAUGCAAGGAUGGUGCUGUUCCUUCUUCUCCUGCACCUGUACCUGCUCCCGCACCCAUCCCUUCAAAGACCACCGCCAAUCCCAAUCCUAGAAAGACUACCAACCCAGGACCCAAAAGGACCGGCAGGCCAAAGCCUAAACGAACUGGCAGACCAAAGCCCAAAAGAACCGGCAGACCAAAGCCUAAACGAACUGGCAGACCAAAGCCCAAAAGAACUCGCAAGCCCAAAAGAACCAAUAGACCAAGACCUGGAAGGCCCGAACCCGGACAAUGCGAUCCCAACAACAUCUGCUGUCUCUUUAUUGGAAUCAACUGCUAA